UAUUUUUUUUUAAAUAACGAGUACACUUUCGACCGUUUUACGUGAACACAAAAAAUAAUAGAAAUGCCUUUGACGGUUAAGCUGAAUCUUAGUGUCCAAUUAUAUUUUUCUUUCGUACAGUGUUUUCUCAAUCUAGCGUCAAAUGGACUUUUCAGUCUUGAAACACAGACCUAAACCUGAAAUAGUGUACAUAUGUAAUUAAAUUGACAACUGCGCGUUAAUUUAACAUUUUUUUCAACUUGACUGACAAAAUGUAGACCGGUAUUUAUAGUCAGAUCUUGUAUUCAAGACCGUCUUGAAUUUAUCUAAAGUUGCUGUAUGAAACAUCUCAUUGGCUACGGAGUACAUAUCUGAAGAUGACCUUAAGACGGUCUUGAAUAUAAGAUUUAACUAUGAAUACUUGCAAAUAUCUUGAGAAUACUUGUUCCGUGAGGCACAUCUUUAAGAAUUUAUCUGACGAAGAUAGCGAUUGCGACGGGGCAAGCUAUCCGUAUAUUUUUAAAGCAAUUCGGAAUCUUGUGUUAUUGAGAAAACGAUCCGGCAUAUAUUUCAUUUAAGAGAUAAAUAAUUAAUCUGCUUAAUGGGAGAUGCAGUCUGUCUAUUUUAAGAAGCAUGACAGAUAGUUUCUGCUUGUUUUGCAAUGUGAUUCUUUUGUGUGCGCGCGCAUGUGUGUGUGUGUGUGCGUUGUGAGAGUAUUUAUGCGAGAUAUGAUCCUACCUAGUGUGAAUGGGUCUUUAUAGAGAUACACAGAAUAAUGUUAUACAAAAGUGUUAUUCGCUUCUCAUGCCCCUUCACGAGAAACGCUCGUAGAAACUUCCACGUAACCAUCAAUCCCCUUCGUAAGAUAAUCAAGGAAACAGGUAAUUCCAAGGAAACUGGUUCUGUCUAUACAGAAAAUGCGGUCAAACCUCCUCGGAUACUAAUAACAGGUGGUCUCGGACAAUUGGGCACGGAAUGCGCGAAAUUGCUUCGUCGAAAUUACGGCAACGAGAAUGUCAUACUGUCAGACAUUAUCAAGCCGUCGGAGGAGAGCCUGGAGAACGGGCCCUUCAUCUUCGCCGACAUCCUCGACUUCAAGGGUCUGCAGAAGAUCGUCGUGGACUGCAGGAUCGACUGGCUCAUCCACUUCAGCGCUCUGCUUAGCGCUGUCGGCGAGCAAAACGUGCCGCUGGCUGUCAGAGUCAAUAUCGAAGGAAUGCACAACGUCAUUGAGUUAGCGAAGCAAUAUAAGCUACGGAUCUUCAUUCCGUCGACGAUCGGUGCAUUCGGUCCCGACUCGCCGAGGAAUCCCACCCCGAAUGUUACCGUGCAACGACCCCGUACGAUCUACGGUGUCAGCAAGGUCCACGCCGAGCUCUUAGGAGAGUAUUAUCAUCAUCGCUUCGGCCUGGACUUCCGAUGCCUACGAUUCCCCGGUGUAAUCAGCAGCGAUCCGCCCGGCGGCGGCACCACCGAUUACGCUGUAGCAGUAUUUCACGAAGGGCUAUUGAAUAAAAGAUACGAGUGCUACUUGGAGCCUCAGACGAGACUGCCGAUGAUAUACAUCGAAGAUUGCCUGUCGGCACUCUUUCAGUUUCUGAAUACACCUGACGAAUUACUGCGUAGACGGGUUUACAAUGUCACAGCUAUGAGUUUCACGCCCGAGGAGCUGUUCAACGAGCUCUUCAAGUAUAUACCAGAUUUGAAAAUCACAUAUAAGCCGGACAAACGACAAUAUAUCGCGGAGAGCUGGCCACAAGUUUUCGAUGAUAGCGAAGCACGGCGGGAUUGGGGAUGGCAACACAAAUACGAUCUACAGAGGCUGGUGGAGUCGAUGGUGCGGGACGUUAGCACGAAUUUCCUACCGAAGCAUCGACUGAAAGAGGUCAGUAGCUAUGUAUAAUUCUGUACAAUUAUACAUAGUUACAAACUUCUUUCAAUUGACGUACGUUUUAUGAACUAUUAUAUGAUAUAAAUUGAACAAUCAGCUGCCAGCUAAAGUCCUCUAAAGGAAUUAUGAAAGAAGUUAAUAGUUAAUAUAAUUAAGUAAAAAUGGGCACGUUUGAAGUAUUUCCAUACAGUAUUUGUGUAUAAUCGAAACAAAGUAUGGUAUAACACAUUGAUAUCUCAGGAAUUGGAUAAAAAGACAGUGCUUCUUAUAUUACAAAGAAGUUUUUUAAAUGUAUUAUAAUUGAAUUCGAAAGUCCGAAUUUCGAGAAUAAGUGGAAAAGAACACCUUUAAAAUUUUAAAUAUCUGAAAAACAAAAAAACAGUUGAAUGAAAU